AUGGACGGCCGCUUCGACGAGCUCCUCCUGGGCCUCGCCCAGAAGCACAAAGGGAUCGAGGACUUGCUGUACACUCUGAUGACGUUCCUUGAGCGCCGGACGGACUUCUUCCACGUCAAGGACGGCGAGUCGGAUGCGAAAGGCUUCAAAGAGGGCGAAGCUGAGAAGCUGCUCAAGAAGCAGUUCUGCGAGUUCCAGGCUCGGUACCUUGCGCGUUCCCAGCCGCAUCUCCUGGCGCAGCCCGCGCAGGGACAGCUAGGCGGCUAUGCCGCUGCCGCCUCGCAGGCGUCAGCAAGCCGUCAGCAGGCGCCUAUGGGAGUGAACCCGUCGCCGUUAGAGGGAGGUGAUCCGGGACUGUGGGAGAGACACCAAAACCAGGGCCAGGGCUUCAGUUGGAAUCAGACACACCAGGAAGUGACCGUGGAGCUGGGGGUGGAGCCCUGCAAAGCGGCGGACCUCAAGGUGGCGCUCCUCGCAAAGUCCGUGAGCAUCAAGCGGAAAGGAGAGACGAUCCUCGAGGGCAAGCUCUUCGACAAGAUCAGCAGCGAGGAUUCGACGUGGCACCUGGACAGCGGGAAGCAGGUGGUGCUGAACCUUGAGAAGAUUCGACCUGCUUUCUGGCCCGGCCUCUUUGAGGGCUCUGGCCCUGGGAGCUCGUAG